CGUCAAACAUCUUCGUUUCCCUUUCAGACAAUUCAAAAAUUUCUUUCAUUACAGACACAGCCAAAAUCCUAAAAAACUUCCAUUUACUCAAUCUUCUUCUUUAUCUAUUAUUAUUUCUUUUAAUCAUUAGUUUCUUCCAAGGAAACCCAUGUCAGCAUCAUUGGCUCGCCGGCCAAGAGACCGUGCCGGCGGUAGCGCCGGACCCAAAGCUCCGGCCAACCACAUAAAGCCCUCUAAACCACUCACACCAACCCCCAUCUUCGUCAAAAGAUCCUCCACCGCCGGAAAAGAGAACCCUCCCGGGCCAACUUCCAAAACCAACAACGCGGCGUCCCUGAAGCCGGCGAUCCGACCCAUGUUGCGGGUCGAUAAAGCGGCCGUCUCUGCUGGCCACGUCGGUGAACCUCGCGUCCGGUGGUCCACUUCGUCUGCACCGAGAGGUAGGAGCCCAAGCCCAUCUGAGUUCACGAGGGUUUUAUCUGAUAUGCGCAAGGAUAGGAGGGUCUCAACGGAUCGGAACGUUCAGGGUUCUCUGCGAGAGAGCGAUCGGAUGGUGGCGAGCGCAGGUAAGACUUUGAAUGGGUUUAGGGUUUCUGAAAGCGUGAAGCAGAAGAAGGGUGGUUUUGGGGAUUUGGGCUUCAAACCGAGUGAUUUGGGUGUGGGUCAGAUUAAGAUUUUCAAGGAUUGCAAAGAAGACGGUGGUAGAGUUGGUUUGAAUUUGGAGAAAAAGAAUGGGGUUUGUGAGGAAUUGAAAGUGAACGUUGUUCAGAGCGAGAAAAUUGCAAACAAGGUUAGAGAAUUCAACAAUGGUGGUGAUACUGAUGGUGUUGAUUCAAGCUCGGACUUGGUAAAUCCCAAUGGGUUUGAUAAGAAAGUUCCGAUAUUGGUCAGGGUCGAUAAUAAAGCUGUAAGGAUUGGUAAUGGAAUCCAUUUGGGGCAGAAAAAUGAGGUGAAUGAAGAAUGUACUAAGGAUGUGAUGGUUUUGGAAGUUCCUAAAGAGAAAGGUUUGGGUGAAGAAGGCUUUAGUGGUCGGGGUGGUAACAAAUAUCCAAGCAAGCUCCAUGAGAAGCUUGCUUUCUUAGAAGGUAAGGUUAAGAGAAUUGCUUCUGAUAUCAAGAGGACUAAGGAAAUGUUGGAUAUGAAUAACCCAGAUACCUCAAAGGUGAUACUUUCAGAUAUUCAGGAAAAAAUUUCAGGAAUUGAGAAUGCUAUGGGUAAUGUGACGGUUGAUCCUAAUAGUAAGAAGGGAAUCUUGAAGGGUGUUGGGCAGGAUGAGCAGGAUGUAAAAAUGGUCGAGAAAGGUCGGAUUGAGGAGGUGGACAAUUCUAGGAGUUUGGUUAAAGGCAUUGAGCAGGUGGAUAAUGGUAAGAGUUCGGUGAAAGUUUUGAAAAGUGAAGAUUUGGAAGCUAGACUUUUUCCUCAUCAUAAGUUGCUCAGAGGUCGGACAACUUUGAAAGCAUCAUCAGUAAGCUCUCAAAGUGUAGAGUCCCAGGUUGGAGAACCCAAUUGUGAAUCAAUGGCAGAGGACAAGUCAUUAAGCCCUAUAGAUGAGCAUAGGAUUGCGGUGGAGUUCUUGGCUUCUUUGGAUAAGGAACAUGCAAAGGUCACAACGAGGGAUGCGCGGGCUGGUUCAGAAUAUUGUGAUGUUGAAGAAAUGGAUUGUGAUACUGAUGCAGGAGGACAAGAAUCUUCGAACAUCAUGAUUGAAAAAAAUGAUGUUGAGCUCAUUCUUACAACUGAUGAAAUAUUAGAUGAGUUUGAUGAUCAGGAGAAUAGGCAGGGAAUGAUACUUGGCAAUGAAACUGAGGAUACUUCCAGUGCUCAGUUGAAUGAAAUAGGCUGUAAAGCCACAACAGCUGGGUGGUUUGUGAAUGAGGGGGAGUCUGUUCUUCUUUCUCAUGAUGAUGGUACAUGUACCUUCUAUGAUAUUGUCAAUUGUGAGGGGAAGGCUGUGUUCAGGCCUCCUGCAGGAGUUUGUCCUAAUAUGUGGAGAGAUUGUUGGAUAGUCCGUGCACCUAGUGCAGAUGGUUGCUCAGGGAGGUAUGUCGUGGCUGCAUCCGCUGGGAAUGCUACGGAUUCAGGUUUUUGUUCGUGGGAUUUCUACAGUAAAGAUGUGCAAGCUUUCUACACUGAGGAUGGAAAGACCCCUGCAAGAUCGGUGCUUAGUCCGUUGCCCAACAACAUCUUAUAUAGAAGAGGUGCUUUAUGUAACAAUUUGGAAGCAGAGAUUCGACAAUGGUGGUAUAAACCCUGUGGACCUCUUAUUAUUUCAACUGCUAGCUGCCAGAGGGUCAUGAGAAUCCAUGACAUCCGUGAUGGGGAGCAAGUUAUGAAAUGGGAUGUGCAGAAGCCUGUGUUAUGUAUGGAUUAUUCAAGCCCCUUGCAGUGGAGGAACAGAGGAAAAGUAGUUGUAGCUGAAGCAGAGGCUAUCUCUCUGUGGGAUGUGAACUCUCUCAAUCCUCAGGCAUUACUUUCGGUUUCUACAUCUGGAAGAAAAGUCUCUGCCCUUCAUGUGAAUAACACUGACGCUGAACUAGGUGGUGGCGUUCGGCAAAGGUCAACUUCAUCAGAAGCAGAAGGAAACGAUGGAGUUUUCUGCACCCAGGAUUCUAUAAAUAUUUUAGACUUCCGACACCCGAGUGGUGUCGGCCUUAAGAUAUCAAAACUCGGUGUGAAUGUUCAGUCUGUUUUCUCUCGUGGAGAUUCUAUCUAUCUUGGUUGCAACAAUGUGAGCUCAGGGGCUAAAAAACAGUUCUCUUCAGAAGUGCAGCAGUUUUCAAUGCGCAAUCAGAGACUAUUUAGCACUUAUGCUUUUCCAGAAUGCAAUGCAGAUAGCCACCAAAGAGCAAUUACACAAGUUUGGGGAAAUUCAAAUACUGUUAUGGGUGUUUGUGGAAGAGGGCUGUUUGUGUUUGAUCCCUUGAAGGAUAAUGAACUGCAGUGCUUUACCACUGAAUUUGGAAAGACUCAAAAUGUCAGAGAAAUUAUUGGCCCAGAUGACUUGUAUUCGCCUUGUUUCGAUUACUUGUCCUCUCGUGCUCUCCUCAUAUCUAGAGAUCGUCCAGCAAUGUGGAGGCACUUAACAUAGGAAGGCUGAUAGGAGUUCUCAGCAUAAGUUAUUUUGGUAGGUCUCAAUAUAAGAAUGUGUUAACGUGUUUUUUGGUGUCUGUUACAUACUUUGUAGAACUUUGAAGAUAAUUGCUAUUCAUCAAAAUGUGUUUGGCUUCAUAGAAGCACAAAUAUCUUGUAUGUGUAUGUUUUGAAGGUAUUGUACUAGGGACGAAUAUAUGUAUCUUGUAGGUGAAUGAAAAAUGUUUAAUUUUCUCUUGUUGGUU